GAACGCAACGACACAAGAGAACCUUUCUUAUGCAUCGAUCGGUCGUUUUUUGGAGCAGUCAGUAAGCCGUCAUGUCUUGGUGAAGGAUAUGUCUUUUGCUCUGUCACCCGAACAGUACAAGUUCCUCCCAAAAGGCUUCAAGCAUAUCUUCUUAAUUCGACAUCCUCUCAGAGUGUUUAAUUCGCUUCGAAAAUCAGUAUUUGCCCAACACUCAGCCUUGGGGAUGUUGAAAGGCGAAUCCGCAGUUGAGGAAACGUUCGACGUAGGACGCGACUACCCGUUCCCAAACGCAGGAGGUGGAUCAGUACAUAAAGAUGUUUAUGAAAUGUGGAAGUAUGUCAAAGAAAAUCUAGGUUCCGAAUCCAUCGUAGUCGACAGCGACGAGCUGUUGACGAAUCCAGCCGAAAUACUGCCGAAGAUCUGCCGAGCGGCCGGGCUGCCUUACGACGAAUCGCUCUUGAAGUGGGAUGAGUCUUCCGAAGUAACGAAGAGUUGGAUGGUUCCUUUUGAGGACCUCGUAGAGAAUUUUGUGUACUUCUUCGGCAGAGCUAUCAGAAGCAGCGAAUUUCUGCCGGCAAGCAAGAUGCCAUCACGUGACGACGUUCGACCUGACGUCAUUAGAUAUACCGAUCAGGCUAUGAAGUAUUAUGACGAAAUGUAUGAAGUUAGGAUCAAGGUCUAAGUAACUUAUCCGUCAUAUACCUUGUUAUGAGUUGCUAGUUAGGACACCAGUAUGUGUGAAUCUACCGGUAUAUUAGCAGCCGUGGGACAGGGGCGCACAGUAUUGGGAUUUAAUUAUAAUUAUUUUGUUAUUAUAUCAAUUACCACUGUAUAAUUAUAACCUACAUUGUUUAUUGCUAUAAAUUUAUGAUCACUCACGAAACUAUACCACUUGUUAAUUGACUUGUUUAUAUAAUUGUUUUAUUUAGUUUAAAAUG